AUGAAGCGCUGCGUCUUGUUGCUUUGUGUUGCGGCGGUUCUUCAAGAUUCUGACGCUUUACGUCAAGGAUCUACGGAGUAUGAAGAUAUGUCCUUCUGGCUGAAGUCUGGACAAGAAACCUUGCACAAGAUUCUGGCGCAUCAGAACAACGUAAAUCGUGCCAAGAACGUGAUCAUUUUCAUCGGCGACGGUAUGGGCCUGUCCACUAUCACGUCCGGCCGUAUCUACGUAGGUCAGCUCAAUGGCCAGGCCGGUGAAGAAUACCAACUUGCGUUCGAGAAGUUCCCCAACACCGGUCUCGCCAAGACCUACAAUGUAGAUAAACAAGUGCCCGACUCCGCGGGGACAGCCACCGCUAUAUUUUCCGGCGUCAAGUGCCGAUACAAGGUCAUUGGAUUAGACGCCAAAGCUGAAACAUCAAAGUGUGAUAAGAAGAUCAAUGAAGGUAGCACGCUGACAACAGUGGCCGAUUGGGCGCAACAAUCCGGCAAAGACACAGGAUUUGUCACUACCACACGUGUCACUCACGCUACUCCCGCGGCACUUUAUGCGCACGUCAACCAUCGGGAUUGGGAAUGCGAUUCUAAGAUACCAAAAGAUCAGAAAAAUUGCACUAAGGAUAUCGCAAGGCAACUCAUAGAGGAUAAACCGGGAAAUCAGUUUAAGGUUAUCAUGGGCGGUGGCGCGCAAUGUUUGGGCGCGCAAGUGAAUCCAGUCGACGCCGAGGUUUGUUCGCGAGAAGACGGCAGAAAUUUGGUGGAAGAAUGGCAAGCGAGUCAUCCCGAAGGAAUAGCCGUCACCAACUUGCAGGAUCUCAUGUCCAUCGACAUCGGCAACACGUCGCAGAUUUUCGGUGUUUUCUCGCCCGAUCACUUGCCCUAUCACGCUGUUAAGACUCCCGAAAUACCCUCACUCAUGAAUAUGACAACGCAAGCGAUAAGACUGCUGAAGAAGAACAAAAACGGAUUCCUGCUGAUGGUUGAAAGUGGCAAAAUUGACUUGGCCCAUCACGGCAAUUGGGCGAAACUGGCUCUUCGCGAAUUGUACGAGCUCGAACAGGCGGUCAAAGCGGCUCUUCGACUGGUGAAUUUGGAAGAGACGUUAAUUAUCGUAACGGCUGAUCACUCGCACUCGUUCACGUUGAACGGAUAUCCAACGAGAGGCAACGACAUUCUCGGCUUCGCCAACAAGGAUAACAAAAAGUUCUACGAAACGCUCACCUACGCCAACGGGCCCGGAUUUUUCUAUCAUCGAAAAAAUGACAGCGCGAACGUUAACGAGACCUGGAGAAAAGUCGAGGAAGAUCAGACUCGUGACGAACCUUUCUACAGAAAUUUUGCCGGUAUCUACCUCAAAGAUGAGACUCACGGUGGAGAAGACGUCGGGGUUUAUGCUAUCGGGCCCUAUGCGCAUUUGUUCCGAGGUACUUUUGAACAGAAUUACAUCGCUCACGCCGUGGCGUAUGCGGCAUGUUUCAAAGACUGGCCGUCCCACUGUGACAAGUCUUAUCAUCGUUACUUUUACAGCGUUAACGCGCCGGGAAACUACAAAGUUAGUUCCGCGGUACAAAAUACCGCAUCGUUCGCGACUUUCACGGUCUUCAUAUUGGCAAUGAUGUUCACACGGCUCUGAUAAACGACGUAUCUUUUUUCACAGCCAAACGAACGAAUGAUAUUAAACGUCGGAAAACAACAAUUUAUUUAAUAAAUUGACUACAAGUACAAAUAGAUUUUACCAAAUAGACAUUUUUGUCUUCUUUUCGCUUUGUACAUAUUUUCCGAAACGGAUUUGUUUCCAUUACAGGGAAUCCAACAAUAUGACGCGAUGUAUUUUCUUUUUACUCCGUACGUAUAGAGAAAUUUCUUUAGAUUUAACAAAUAUAAUUUGUUUAAUUCAUUAUUCCACAUUGAAACAGUCCAAUUAUCUGAUCUUCGAAUCAAACAAUACGUCAGUUGUGAUCGAAUAUUGUAUACGAUUUUUUUGUUUAUUCAAUUACCACGAGCUCUUUUGUUUUAUAGAAAUAAUAUAUUAUACUUAAUGUCUUUAUAAAUUAUUCCUCACACACUUGAAUAACACACAGGAUGGCGUUGCAUCAUGUAAAAACUACAUACACGCGUGUAUAAUUUUGCAUAAUGCAACACUCGGAGAACUCAACAAACACAAUUAUGACUAAAAUAAUAUUUCUCGCAUAAGUUCUUUGUACACGUGAAUAACAAGAUGAUCUUUUUUUUUUCUUUUAUUACUGUGACAACAAUGAUGUAUAUUUUCAAAACAUGCAGAAACUUGAAAGACAUUUGCCGUAAACACACAUUUUAUUAAAAUAGUAUUACUAAUAGAAUUUACCAGCUGUGUACAUAUUUCUACAACACACGUCAUUAUUUCUUGAAAAUAAAUAUUUGCAAUACUGCCGUUAAAUUACGACGGAAUUAAACAUUCCGCGUAUGUACGUUUUUCCAGAGUUUCACAAAACAGUUGAGAAUACAAAAAUGUAAUAUUCGAAAAUUUAAGAAACCUAAAUGCAGUAUUUCUCGGAUAAAAGUUCUCGGAGCGAGGCAAUUAACAGAGAGAGGUCAGAUAGUGUACAUACUUUUCUGGAAAAUAGGCCAUAAAUUUACUUGACCGCUCGGAACGAACGAACACGAAAAAGACGAACGCGAGCGUGACAAAACAAACGACUUGUACGUGGCUUUUUUUUGUAGUAGAGAAGAGGAAUAUAGACGGGACCGCUAUCCGGAAAAUACUCCGAAAGAAAUAGUUUUAUGUACUUUGAUAUGUUACUUACACAAACAUAAAUCUGUGUAUAUAUUUAUAUAUACCUUAGCACAUUAUAUUAUACACAAAGUACAAUAUAAUUUUAUUAAAAAAUGACACGAAACAUACUUUUGGUCCGAAUGCUUUAAUCGUGCGUUCUUAUAUAUAUAAUUUAUAACAUAAUUGUAAUUAAAACAAAAGUUCCUCGUUAUAUAUGUCACAUUUUCAUAAACUUCAUGUCAUUGCGUAGACACAUAUAAAUUAUGUAAAUAUUUUAAUGCGAAUAAAUUACUUAUGUUAUUGAUGUUA